AUGCUGCCCGCCGUUCACCGUGUGCAAGGAACGGCGAUGACAAUGACUGAGAAGGCCGACCCUGCAGUUGCACCCACCGGGGGUUGGGUGUAUUCGCCCCUACAACCGCCGGAGGCUGCGCUGAGCGAAUCUAUGGAUAUAUCACCUUCCGCUGAUAUUUUGAGACGACGGGCUACCGAGGACAUAGAUGACGUUCUGACAAGAUUGCAAUCAAAAGUAGUGCAGUUGACAGAAGCGGUCAAGGCGAAGGAUGCACAAAUUGGUCAGCUUCAAGAACGGAUUGCCAAUAUGGAAUUUAUGGCGGAGUCGGCAGUGACCGAAAAUGAACUGAUCAUUGCCGCUGAGACUUCCCGAUGUGCGACCGAGCAGCUGGAAAAUAUUGGGUCUGCAAUUCGCUCGGUUGCCGACGAUACCUCUGCAGUCACCGAAGAAUUGGCGCAGGGCGUACCAUUGGUAGCGGAUGGAAAGUCAGCAGAAGAUGUUAUGAAGAAGAUCGCGUCAAGCCGCUCGGAAGGCGAUCAAAAGCGAGAGAGCGUUGCUGAAGAGGAUCUGAGUGAAAUUGAGAAACUACGUCAAAGAGUCGCGGAAUUAACUUCAGAACUGGAAAGUCUAAAGGCGGCAAAAGGGGGGCCACUUCCAGUCUUGGCAAAUUCGGGGAGAAAGCUCGAGCACGCAACGAAAGCACGACCCUCUCCUCGAACACGGACAAGUACGAAAAGUCAGUCCUCUGCUUCAGAGGGAACUACAAAGAACCUGGACCAAGAUGUACUGUCUACCUCUCCAGAAAUGGUUGAAGAAAAGCCCGCUGAAGAUCCUGCUGUGGAGUUCAAGAAGAAGAUUGCAGGAAUGGGUGGGAUUAACCCUUUGAUGGGAUUGAAUCCUGGUAUGAUGGCUGGACAGUUGAAACCCGGACGUCUGAGUAGGACCCAGUCGCAGGAGACUGGGCUUGAGUUGGGUGAUGUUGAUGAGAAAGAGCUGAAGGAUUGGAUUUUCAAGACCAUCGGAGAGUCUAGUCCUACCAACCCUGCAGACCUCAAGGAAUUAUUGAAGGACGGCCAAUUACUAUGCCGGUUGAUGAACGCGGUGCGUCCUGAUUCUUCGUUGAAAAUCAACACUGGAAAAUUCGCCUUCGCACGGCUUGAGAAUAUAAACAACUAUUUGAAGGCCGCAGAGGCCACGGGGGUAGCGAAGCAAUACAAUUUUUCAGCGACCGACUUGCAGAACGGCGAUAAUUACACAGUGGUACUUCAAAAUAUUGCAGAUUUGAGGAAAAUCAUAACACAGAAAAAGUAGCUAGUUUCUUUUCAUGGCUGGUCCUUGGGGUGUACAUUAUUGGGAAAGAAAGAUGUUGAUAUCUCGGUGGUUUUUUGAGGUGCCCUUGGAAUAUAUACGAUAUGUGAUAUCAGA